UCUGACAGAUUCCCCUCUCUUCACUUCUCCUCCUCCUUCUUCUCUCCAACCCACAGCACAACAGAGGGAAGUGUUGGAUUCCACUCACACAGCGAAUAGAAAUACCCCAGGAGCCAAAGCCAAGAGCUCUGGCUUCAGAUCAGAUUUACACCUUUUCACUCAAUAAAGUUGUGCUUUAGUCUUCUGAGGUCUGGAGGCUACCAUGGUUGACAGCAUGGAUUUGGAGAAGCAGCAGAAGCGUUACUGCAUCCGUGGUAUGCAUGUGGUCAUCAUUUGUGUGACGGUGGUGGUGUGCUCUUUGGCGGUGGGCCUUGGGGUGGGCCUCUCCAAGCCACACACGACUACCAUCCUCCCCGACUUCACCACGCCAGGCACCACAGCAGGGCCCACACUGCCUCCUCCGCUGGGCAGAGGGCCCUGCAAGCCGUCCACUGACUCCAACGGAGACUGGAAGAAUUUCCGUCUGCCCAGCUACGUGAAACCCAUCCACUAUGACCUGAAUCUGGAGCCAGACUUUGGCGACGACACCUACACGGGCACCGUGGACAUCCACGUGGAAGUCAGCAAGCCCACUCGCCAUCUGUGGCUCCACAUCAGGGAGACGUUUGUCAGUGCGGUGCCCAGGCUGAAGCUGCUGAACAGCCAGGGGGGUCAGAAGGAGCUGCAGGUGAAACACUGCUUUGAAUACAAACCUCAGGAGUACGUUGUGGUAGAGGCUGCAGAGAUGCUGCCCGUCACUGCCCCAGGAGAGGUGUAUGUGCUUAGCCUGGACUUCCAGGGCUGGCUCAAUGGCUCUGUGGUAGGAUUCUACAGAGUCAUAUACACUGAGGAGGGUCGCACUAAGAAGAUUGCUGCAACCGAUCAUGAGCCAACAGAUGCCCGCAAGUCUUUUCCCUGCUUCGACGAACCCAACAAGAAGGCCACAUACAACAUCUCCAUCAUUCAUGAUUCAGACUAUAACGCUCUGUCCAACAUGCCACUGCAGGGCUCCCCUCAACAAUUGCUUAGCAAUAAGCUGAAGACCUCCUUUGAGAAGUCUGUCCCAAUGAGUACCUAUUUGGUAUGUUUUGCAGUGCACCAGUUUGGCUUUGUGGAAAGAACUUCAGCUCGAGGAAUUCCUUUGAGAAUCUAUGCCCAGCCAACGCAGUUAAAAACUGCAGAGUAUGCAGCAAACACAACCAAAAUCAUCUUUGAUUACUUUGAAGAAUAUUUCAAAAUGGACUAUUCCAUCUCCAAACUGGAUAAGAUAGCCAUCCCUGACUUUGGUACUGGUGCUAUGGAGAACUGGGGCCUCAUCACUUACAGGGAGACCAACCUACUGUAUGAUGAGAAGCAGUCUUCCUCCUAUAACAAGCAGCGAGUGGCCAGUGUUAUUGCCCAUGAGCUGGUGCACCAGUGGUUUGGGAACAUUGUGACCAUGGACUGGUGGGAUGACCUCUGGCUGAAUGAGGGCUUUGCCAGUUUCUUUGAGUACAUUGGUGUGGAGGAGGCUGAGCCUUCAUGGGGCAUGCGAGACAUCAUGAUCAUCAGUGAUGUCCUUCCUGUAAUGGUGGAUGAUGCCCUCCUCUCCUCACAUCCAAUCAUUGUUGAUGUCUCAACUCCAGCAGAGAUCACCUCUGUGUUUGAUGCCAUCUCAUACAGCAAGGGAGCAUCCAUUCUAAGGAUGCUGGAGGACUGGAUGGGCAAAGAUAUGUUCAGAGAUGGCUGUCGAAAAUAUUUGAAAGACUACUACUUCAUGAAUGCCAAAACAGCCAACUUCUGGGCAUCUCUCGCCAAUGUGAGUGGCUUGCCAGUUGCAGAGGUCAUGGACACAUGGACCAAACAGAUGGGUUAUCCUGUGCUUGAUGUGUCUGUGUCAGAGACUGAUGCCAAACUGACACAGAGUCGUUUCCUCCUGGAUCCUAAAGCCAAUGCUAGCAUGCCCCCUUCACCUCUUGAGUACAAGUGGACCAUUCCUGUAAAAUGGCAGUCUGUAACAAGCAACAAGGCAAUGCUGACCAUGUUUGACAAGAGCAGCAAUGAGCAUGUCAUCAGUAACUACACACCCACAGUGGACGGUCUGCUGAAGGUCAACAACGACCACAUAGGAUUCUACAGAGUCAACCAUGAUGUGCAUAUGUGGAACACUAUCAGUGAACAACUAAAGCGCAACCACAAGGUGUUUGAUGCAGCUGAUCGUACAAGUUAUAUUGAUGACGUUUUUGCACUGUCAAGGGCAGACAUUAUAGAUUAUGGUAAUGCCUUCAAUCUGACCAUGUACCUGACCAAUGAGACUGACUACAUAGUGUGGGACCGUGUGGCCUCCUCUAUCGCCUAUGUUCGGGACAUGCUGUCAGGUGAUCUCUACAAAAUGUUUCAGAAACUCUUUCUUGGCCAUGUUAACGCAAUCGCAACACAAUAUGGAUGGGAUGAUACAGGCACACAGACAGAAAGGUUACUGAGGGAAACCGUGCUCAGUAUUGCAUGUCAGAUGGGAGAUGAGAAGGCUCUGGCUGAAGCCUCCCGUAUUUUUGACAGCUGGAUUGAUGGAAGUCUCAGCGACGUAGCAGUGAACCUGAGGCUGCUGGUUUACCGAUAUGGCAUGAAGAACUCAAACAGUGAGGCCAAGUGGAAGAUAAUGUUCCAGAAGUACAUAGAUUCUACUUUGGCUCAAGAGAAGGACAAGCUUCUGUAUGGACUGGCUUCCGUGGGGGAUGUGGAUCUUUUGUUCAAGCUCCUGGAGGCCACGAAAAAUGAGAGUGUGGUGAGGAGUCAGGAUGUGUUCACUGUGGUGCGCUACGUGUCAUACAACCCACUGGGACAGAGCAUGGCCUGGGACUGGACCACACUGAACUGGGAUUAUCUGGUCAGCAGGUACACCAUCAAUGACAGGAACCUUGGUCGUCUACUUAAUCAAAUCACCACCACAUACAACACAGAAGUCCAGCUGUGGAAGAUGGAGCAUUUCUUCAGUCUAACACCAGAUGCCGGUGCUGGGAAGAUGCCCAGGCAGCAGGCACUGGAAACAGUGAGGAACAACAUUGAAUGGUUGAAGAAAAACAAGGAUGAGAUCGAAACAUGGCUGAAGAGCACACUGUAGAUGUGGAGCACAUGCACAGUACAGUAAAUAUUGUCUUUUUAGUUUUGUUAGGACAUUUAAGAUGAGAUUGUAGUAUUUUCGAAGGGCUAAUGCAGGGGGCUGCUAAUCUGAAUCAACAAUGUGAAAACACAAACCCUCUUUCUUACUUUCAGGUACUUGAAGUGUGGAUGUAUGUGGUACUGACACAGAGAACCUGCAUGUCUGUUCUGUGUGCGCCCCCUGCUGUCUCACAUAGCCAAGAACCACAUGAGACAUUCACACUAAGUGAAAUCAUGGCUACUAGUGGGGACACAAGAGAAAAAGAGAGUUCAGCCCCUUAACAAAAGACUCACCAAAUGUAUCAUUUUAUUUCAUUGAUAAUAAAAGUAAUGAUAUAUUGGAUCUGCCUCCAUUAGUAAGUUAAUGUGUUAGUUAAUGUGUUAUUUUGUGACUUUGAAAUUAUUAAAUUUCACUUUUACACUU